UUUUCGUCGGUGGUUGUGCGUGCCGAGGCAACAGCUGUGUACAUUAUUUUAAAUUGGAGAACUUUAUUAAUACUAUGUCUGGUCUAAAAUUGGGUAUACUACGACUAGGAAGAGUCGCUGGAAAGGUUUGUUUAUUUUUUAAUUAAAGGUAGUAAUUAAGUUUAAGUAACUAAAAAGACUGGUAAUCCAAUAAAGUCUAUAAAGUCGUAUCCGUAUACCGUAUAUUAUAGAAUUAUAGGCCAGACCUAGCCAACUUUUACUUUCGGGGCUCAAAUGACUAUGGGCCUACUCACCCAGGUCCAGGCCGUUAUUAUAGGGAUCAGCCUAAAUUUAUUUAGCAUAAUCAUAACUCAUCUUUUCACUUACCACUCAGCGUCGGCUAUUACUAUUACUAUUACAAUAAUCGUGUUUUCGGGAGAUAAGUGAAAGUGCUAUUUUACCAGACAUAAGUUUCACACUACACUACUACACAGUGCAGUCACAGUGAAGUUGGAGAGAGAGGCAUUGGUCACUGUUUUCUCUGCGGCAUAGAAAGAUAGACUGGACGCUGUUGUCUUGUUGAAGUAUUCUUAUUUAUAAAAAAGUUAAUUAAAGAAAUAAACUACGACAACUAAAUUAUUUAAUUAUUUUCAUAUUUUAAAUUGUAUUACAAUUUAAUGUAUACUGUUUGGGGGGGGGGGGGGGUGUUGUUUUAAACAGUGGGCCUGCAGCGCUGAAAAUAAGGUUAAGAAUCCCUGCCGUAGAGCAUUUACUAAGAUCGUCCGCCCCCCCUUCCCCCCAAAUCAAACAUUUUUUCUCUUCCACCCCACUUUCCGUUGUAGUACUACUUCUAUAACUCCCAUGCCCACAUUUAGCCAUAAAUUCUCACAACUGUCAUUGUAACUACAUCCCGAUUCUCCUCCCCGCUGGCAUCCUGUAACGUGAUCAGAGGCCAUUUUUCGGACCCCUGAUACCUGUACUGAGUUUCUCCGUGAUCAUAGUUUUAAAGUAAAAUAAUUAUAACUUUUGUUUAAAAGAAUAAUGUUAAAAAUAUCUGUUUUUUAGGGUUUUUAUGUGCAAUUCUUUAUUAUAAUAGUCCGCUUUUCAAAUGACGUCACAUUAAGCUCCCCCUCCCCCAUGUCACACACAUCAUCACAAAAAUCUGACCCCCCUCCCCAUAGACGCAUGACAUCAUUUAUGGAUGGCCCCUUAUGCAAAAAAGCCAUACUCAUAUAAACUCAAAUCAAACGUGGAAUCAACAAACACUUCUUCUUUUUUUAAGUCAACAAAACUUUGUUGACAAAUAAUGCCUUCACUAGUGUCCACACACAGAAUGUAGUUAAUAUGUGGAUGCGAGUGCCAGCAAACUGAAAAGACAGUUUGGCUCCAACUGCACUUCUUAUUUGUAUUUCUUUCAUUACUCUAUUGUUACCUUAGUCUUAGACUUAUGUGAAAACUAUGAUACACUCAAACUGUUUGCUUACUUACAAGUUUUGGUAAAAGUAAAAGUGCAGUUCGUAUUUUAGCAUCAGAGCACCAGACAGUAAUAGUUAACUAAAACUAAAUUGUACGUUGCUAAAUUUUCUUUUUAUUGGAUUUCUAAAGUGUCUUAGAACAGCCCCCAGUGGUACCCAGACCUAUCUAUAUGCCAAAUUUUUUCACCAAUAAGUUGGUAUGCUAAACAAAGAUUUUCAAACGGAAGACAUGUUCACAAAAACGAAACAAGAAAUUAAAUUAUUUUAAAUUCUUUUAAAUUAUUUAUUGAUGUUUAACGUAAACAGUUUAUUAUAUCAGAAAAAUAUCAUGUACCGUAUCACAAACUUAUAGAUGAAAAAAUCUGGCAUAUAAGGUGAAACACACAAAAUGGAGACAUUAUUUACAUGCUAUGAGUAUGUACCAUUUGGGGGUGGGGGGUUCAAAGUUGCUUUAUCAAAUAAAAAUAAAAGUCAGCUUUGUACAAUUUAGGGUUAGUUACAUGUCUGGAGUUAAUUUAAUAAAGAAUACACAUAAGUUUACAUGCAAAAAUAAGAAAUUCGUUAAGAAAUGGUACUGCACUUUUACCCAUAUUUUAUUAUAUUCUUUUCAUUCAUUGAAUUGUUAAGUUGUAUAUAUAUAUAUUUUUAACAAGUCAACAUUUUUAAUGUGCUGAAAUGAAUAUGUACAAUUUCUUUUUAAAAAAACAAAACAUUUCCAUUUAUUUGGAACAAUAAAAUAAUUUUAUCUUAUCACUAAAAGAGUAACUGGUAAAAUUGUACUUCUUCGAAACGGAAAAGCCAAUGCUAAAUUGGUAGAUUACAAUAGUUGCAUAUUGAAAGUUUAUUAAAUAUAGGCCUACUAAGUAUAAUAAAAGCAUAAAUUAACAAAUAUUGAAGAAGGAACUAGUUGAAAGAAAGCUAUUUGAUCAUAGUUGAUGUUUGAUUAAUUUUGUUCCAUAAAAUUUUAUAAUUUUUCAUAAUUUAUAAUAUUUUUUUUUGCCAAACCAUUACUGAGUAAAAGUCUGUGAGGAAGGAAAAUUUUGCUCUGCCCAUAGCGAAUUACGCUUAAUGAAAGUCUUGCUCUAUCCAGCACCUGCUAUUAAAUAUAGGCAUACUAUGUAUAUUAAAAAGAAGGUGCCUUUUUAAAAAAUAAUUACAAAGUGAAAUGACUGCGUUUAAUUAGUCCAUGUCCGGGGAAGUCUCUGUCUUGUUGCCGCACGAUCGGGGGUCAGGGAGACCUGGCGUCUGGGCUGUGUAGAGGUGCAUGGGGGAGGACAUUAAGAGCUCACGCUCGACGGCCCGGUGACGCCAUUUCCCAAUGUGACAUAUUAGAGCAGCAUUAAACUCAAUACUCUUCAUUGACUAAAGGCAGUGCUUCCCCCAGUUGUAAACGUAGCUAAGCCUUUUGGACCUAAAUCUGUGUUUUAUUUUAAUUCACCUUUUUUAUUUCAUUUUGUUUUUUCUUAUCCUAAAAGAUAUUUUAAAAUAAGUCUGUAAUAUUCAAUUAUUAAAAAUAUAUUUAAGUAAUAUCAAGGCGUUGUAAGUUACGGCCAGACAGAAGUGGGAUAAACAUUUAAGUUAAUAUUGGUAAACUUGUAAAUUGUUAUGGUUAGACCGCUAAGAUCUUUAGAUUACUCUAUAAGUGAUUGAUAGACAAACAUCAUUGUGUAAUGUCAAAGGCUUGAGCACAUUGUUUUUAAAUUGUACGUAGCGAAAAUUCUGUGAAACAAAUUUAGAUUUUUCAGAUGAAAUUUCUUGAAGUGUUGGUGUACCAGUAUACUGCACUUUAUCUAUAUUUGAUUCACACUAGUUGACACUUUUAUCCCCAUUUCUUUAAGAAGCUUAUUUUUAUUUUAAAAAGUAAAUAUGUAAAAUAUGUGGUGUAUCAUGGACUUAAAUAUUUUUUUUUAAAAUUCCAAAAUGUUAUGGGCAAUAUGGGCUGUCGGAAAAAUAUUGUAUCUCUCACUUUAAAUAAACUAUUACUUUAUAAAUUCAAGUCACUAAAAUUUUUUAACCCUUAAAUUUCUUGGCGCAUUUACCAACUAAAGUGUGGCAGCCCAAAUUUGGUUUAUCAUUUAUGAGUCGCAUGCUACUGGAGCUAAUCUAGAAAUUUUAUGGCAAAUAUAUAUGUAGGUAUUUAAAUAUAAAGAUAGAUGUAGAACGGUGCACUAAAAGUAUGUUUUCGUUUCAGUCUAAAUAUGCCCUGCUAGAUGAAAGAGACAUCACUGUUGUACAACAGCACGCCAUUGAGGUAUUAUUUAAAAAAAAAAAACAUUUUUGAGAGUAUGGUAUUUUUUGUUGGCAUCAAAAAGGAAUUUUAAUGUGCAAUGCACAAUUUUUAAUGUAAGGCUUAUUAUCAAAAUGUAAUCUAGUAUUAUAGAAUUAUGAAAGUAUUAUUCGAUAUUUAAGAAAUUAUAAUAAUUUUAGAGUUUAGGUUCCGAUUUUUGCCAUUUAUCUACCCCAUUGUAUUUUUGAUUUACCAAAAUUUGAUUGGGGGUAAAGCGGAAUUGUCAGAAACCUUUUAUUUUAUUUAUAACUUCCUGAAGGUGUACAGGUUACAAAAAUAUGCCAAAUAUUUUAUUUUUCCUUGCUUAUGCUUGAGCACUAAAUAUUGAUGAACAAAAUUUGCUACAGCAUUGAGUUUUUUUAAUAUUACAUAAUUGCAAAUGAUUAUUAUUUUUAAAGUUUUUUUUGUUAUUAAAUAACUGAAAUUGUCAUGAAAACAUUGAAUUUUUUUUUCAGCCAAGAGUUGAGGUCGAUAAAAAUGGAAAUGGGGCUCGUAUAUAUGCCAUAGCUCAUGACAUAGGCAAGAGUAGAAACAAUGGGAAAUACUUGCAUGAGCUUCUUUGGUAAGUUCAUGUUUCUGUUCUGUAUCAUCACCUCUUUCACUGCCUAGUGCUAUGCCUAUGAAAUAUACAUCUAAAUGGUACCUUCCAUCUUUGAGAAAUUUUCGUAUUACUAUUAUGUUUAAUAAAUGUUAAUUUUAAUUCUUUAAGGGAGAGGCACAAAGGAGGGAUCGCACCCGGCUGGCGGAUCGUUCACAAGAAUCACGUAACAGUGGACAACCGCUUAGACAACCUUGAACUGGUAAAAGAUGAUGGUAUGGACAUGAUACCUAGACAUCAAGAUGAAGGGUCGGGAGGUCACACAAAAAACAGAGAGAAUAGUUUGUAUUGGAUCACUGUGACCCAGUUACUAGGGGACCCACUGGAAAUGGUAAAGACACUUUUUUUCUUUGCCCUACUGCCGCUCAUCUUUAUACUCAAACAAGUUGAUCUCAGCCCUUGGUCUUUAUACUCACAAAUCUGAGCCCUUUAUCAUUAUAAUUAUACUAAUUAAAUCUCAGCUCUUUGUCUUUAUACUAAGCAAUUUUCCACUCAUGUCAAAUGAUGCAUUUUUACCUUUUUUUUCUCCAGAAUUAUCACCAUUUUAACAAGUGGUAUGACUUCAAUGGGGACAUAGUGGAUCCAGCAGGUAGGGGAAUGUCAUUUGUAAAACUGGAGAUGUUAAUGUCUGCACCUUUCAUACUAAAAGGUUGUCACCCAGGUUCUUCAAAAUGUCAUCAGUCUUUUUUUUUUUUUUUUAUCAAAGAAUAAAGUUUUGUUCCCAACUGUAUGUUUUAUAGUUGCAACAUGUAAAAAGUUGAUAUUUUUUUUUUUUUUUUUAUCAAAGAAUAAAGAUUUGUUCCCAACUGUAUGUUUUAUAGUUGCAACAUGUCAAAAGUUGAUAUAGUUCUAACCUGAUGUUUGAAUAUCACAAAACGUCAUAAGUUGAACUCAUCCCAACUGUAUGUUUUAUAAUCACAACAUGUAAAAAAAAAAAAAAAGGAGAUAUCAACUCUGCCUGAAAUGUAAAGAUCCUCAAAUUGUGUAGUGAUUCAUUUUCAUCUUCAACUACUCCACAGGUGAGAGCUACAUCUAUUAUGAAUGCCACUACCCACCCUGUACCCGUAUGGAGAAGGAGUUGAGGGAAUUUAGUAUAUGCGGUCGGUGUCAAGAAGUUAGGUGAUUAUAUAGAUUAAUCUAUCACAAAUUUGUGAUGGGCGCAACAUUGUCAUUUCCCAUUUAUCAACAUAUUUUAAUCAAGACUUGAUAUUCAUAUAUCAAAGGGCCCAUUGAUACACCAAUCUUGAUAAGCAUGCUUAAGCCCUCAAUCAUGCUGUUUAAAAAAAAUUGGAAAUGCAAACAUUUUUUUUUACAUAUUAAUAUUAAAAAAAUUAUUGUAAGUUGCAAAUCCCUAACAAAUAACCAUAGCUAAUACCGGUAUUGGUACGUGUUAUAGAUCUUUUUUUCCCUACGUCAUAAAUAACAUAAAAAUAUCCAAUCCCAUCUGUACAGAUACUGUGGUACCUCAUGCCAAGAACGAGACUGGCCAUCGCACAAACGAUUUUGCCGCGAGCGCAGAAGACAUGCAAGGGAGAGUACUCCAGAUCGGUGAUAACUUUCCUCCACAGCCAUCAAAGUCAUCCCAUUAUCUUGCCUAACUUACUAGUCUCAAAGUAUUUAUUGUUUGAAGAUUAUAAAACCCUCUAAUUGUUUUCCAAGGUGUGUGUGUAAGAAUGUUAGGGUUCAUCUCACCAGCACAGUGUAAGAGAUGUUUGUGCAGAACUAAUAAGCACAGUGUACACCAUGUUUGGGCAGAACUAAUAAGCACAGUGUACACCAUGUUUGGGCAGAACUAAUAAGCACAGUGUACACCAUGUUUGGGCAGAACUAAUAAGCACAGUGUACGCCAUGUUUGGGCAGAACUAAUAAGCACAGUGUACACCAUGUUUGGGCAGAACUAAUAAGCACAGUGUACACCAUGUUUGGGCAGAACUAAUAAGCACAGUGUACACCAUGUUUGGGCAGAGCUAACCAGCAUUUUGAAGGUUUGUCAUUCUUGAUUGUGGCAUCUGUUAACAAUUCUGUACUAUAUUAUAAUCCAUUUCUAAAGGUACAACAUUUGUAGCACUUUGUCAUCACAUUAUUGCAUGCUAUCUUUCCUCCCAAACAUGGUUUAAUCUUGGUAAAGACUAUUUUCAACACAUGUUCCCAAACCCCUACACAUACCUCAGAUAUUCCAAGUAGGCCCAAACCCUUAUACAGAUCUCAAAUAUUCCAAGUAGUCCCAAACCCUUAUACAGACCUCAGAUAUUCCAAGUAGUCCCAAACCCUUAUACAGACCUCAGAUAUUCCAAGUAGUCCCAAACCCUUAUACAGACCUCAGAUAUUCCAAGUA